AUCAGAUAUGUAAGGGGAAUUAGGAAGAACACAACUGAUGGUGGCUAAUCUGUUUGUGGUGAAAUAGUGGUUGAAAUAAGAUCGAUGGGUAUUAGGGGGGUCGUGCAGUUGCGAGACUAUGGCUGACUGGCGGGACGCGGGAGAUAGGAAUGCCACCGGUACUUGAGCUUCCUCGGGGCAUGCUUCGGUUGUGGUGGUGGCGAGGGGAUCUGGUUAUGGUGGAGUCUGAAGCUGCUGAGGUAGAGGACGCAGAUUGUUGACGGGUAAGUUUUGGACGGGGGGGUGCUGGGACGGUGGUACGAGUAGAUGUUGUGGAUAGAAGGAUGGGGAAGAGGCUGGUGUUGGUGGAGUCUCGAGUUUUGGGCGUCUCCCGCAUUGUACUCUCUAACGCAUGAGCAUGCUGAGCCUCGAGGGCCAAAUGAAGUUCCUGGUAAUAUUGAGUUCAGUACGACACAAGGAUCAUGAACUCACGCGUGUUUUGUCAGACGAGAGUUCAUUGUCAUAGGACAGAAACUCCCUGACGCACUCCCACUCGCACAAACGAGGUAAGAUGUGCAAAGAGUAGAGUUCUAGGACAUUGUGAUAUGGCUCACCGUGGAAGGUACAAAGUCAUAUUGACCGUGUUUUGAUACUUAUCUCAUGACCAACAUUCAAGGUAUCUGGAUGCCGUAUGUGACGAGUGUGAUGAGGACUUGGUGCGGAAGGAAUACGGAGCUAGGUUUUCGAUACAGAGACAAAGGAGUAAAUAAAAUGAGAGAUCGAGUUGGGAGUCCGG